UCGGUGAUUGAGCGCGUCGCGGCCUUUUAUGCCGUCGCGUCCAACCGUCGUUGUCCUCUGUUCUCCCUCGUUCCCUCCAUCUCCGUGACCGCAGGCUCUACUUAGGCCCCCCUCCUCUCCUUACUCACGACGUCCGCUUCACGCCCACGAUGUCUUUCGCUAUCCUCUCCGCUGCCUUCGCCGCCACUCUUUUGGCGAACGCCGGCGUGAACGCUGAAUCGCACACCAUUCGUUUCGCAAACCUGUGCGGAUCAGGAACACCUACACUGCUCGGAAAUGGAGGUGUGAUGUCCACUGGCCAGGACUACACGUCGGACGGGCCUUUCGUGGGCGGCAUUGCGUACUUGACGGGUGCUGAUGGCAUUACAUGCGGCUACAAUGGCGAGGAAUGCCUCAUCGUCGAGAUGACCUUGGGCAACCCGACUGUGCCUGGUGGCGGUCCUUCCACCGACAUCAGUGCCAUUGCUCCUCACGCAUUCAACGUCCAGACUUCGUUCGCGUACUAUGGUACCAGCACGUGCAACAACGUUGGUGCUGACUGUGCGAAUGCGGGCUGCUCCCAAGCCUUCUACCAGCCGGAUGACAACCAGGUGCAGGUUGCUUGCCAGGAUGACAACGCCAACCUGCUCAUCGCGUUCUGUGGUGAUGCCACAACGCUCAACCCCGACGACUACGUCAACGGCGGCAACGGGUCCUCUGCGUCGCCCACCCCCUCUUCAAGCACGUCUGCAGUCCCGACCGUGACAUCCUCCGUCGUGGCGUCGUCUUCGAUCGAUCCUGUCUCGAGCAAGCCUAUCCUCCUCCCUGUGUCGUCCUCCUUUGUCUCGUCUGUUGCGGUCUCAUCCGUUGACGCGUCAUCAUCUGUUGCGACAUCUGUCGCCGUCACCUCCUCUGCUGUCUCUUCGUCCGCCGUCUCUUCUGUCGUGUCCUCUGUCGUCACGUCAGCGCCGGCUGCGUCCUCGAGCUAUGUCACGUCCUCUGUGACUGUCACCCAGAGCGGAACCACCGUCGUCUCGUCUUGCCGCGUGCGCCCUACUGCCCCGGCCAGUGGUUUCCCCCUUUCUGGCUCGGCUUCUGCUUCCAGCGUUGCGACUGCUUCUGGUUCUGCUGUCACAAGCGUCGUUGUCUCAUCCGGUGACGCUUCCUCGGCUGCCGUCCCGACCGUCACGGACGUUCCUUCCAGUGCAUCCGUCUCUUCGGCUGCCCCGACGUCGACUGACACCGGCGACGAUGGUGACGACGGCGAUGACGGCGAUGACGGCGAUGAUGGCUGCGGCGACGAGACCAGCACCGAUGUCGCUCCCUCCAGCACUGCUGCUGCGUCGGCCACCUCGGCACCUGUCGCCUCGAGCUCUGCCGCCGCCAGCACGACCGAUGCAUCCUCGAGCGCUGUUCCGACUUCUUCGGUUGCCCCCACGGCAUCCUCCAGCGCUGCGCCCAGCGCGACUUCCAGUGCAGAUGACUGCGGCGCGACCGACAGUCCGGCUUACCGCCGUGAACUCCUCGAACGCGUCGCUCUUCGGAAGCGCGCUGCUGCCCCCGCGUACGACCUCGCGAAGGUCUAUACCUCCCGCCGCCGCCACGCCCGGGUUGCGUACCGUAACAGCCUGGGUCUGAACGCGCACUAAUCCCCCCUAGUGUGCAACUGGUGGCGGCGGUCUGUGGCUGCAUGCCACCACCCAUUUUUUCUCUUUUUCUCCUAAUGGUUCCUCGGAUCGUUUACCUUAUCGGCCUCGCAAGCGAGGUUUGGAUCGUGCAACUCGCCGACGUCCUAGCUAGAGACGUCGAGGCCGCGAUGCCCUGGUUAGGGAGGCAAUAUGUGCUAUAUUGGGUGUACUCCCGGUGCCGCGCGUGGGUUGUUGUAAGCUGGAGGCUUGUACUCCUGCUCUGUUUAUGCUUUAUUGCGUCUGCGUAUCUCGUUCUCGUCCUGUAGCGUUCGUAGAUCGGCUGCUAAUACAUCAUCACCUCGGACUCGUA